AUGAAAGAGGAACAACAGUAUGCGUGGUCCUCAGGAAACAUUCGACGAUACAAUUAUCCCCUGGCUCAACACGGCGACAGCUGUUACGAACUGCAGACAAAGAAAAUGAUAUGGGCCCACGGCGAGUACAUUUGUAAGCAACAAGGCGGACAUCUAGCAACAAUAACCAGUGUGAUGGAGCAGGACUUCGUGGACACCUUUAUGGCAAGCCACAAUCCUGGCAACGCUGUCUGGAUUGGGCUUCAUGACCUGAAUGUUGAGGGACAGUUUGAGUGGACUUCAGGCGAAAGUGUUACCUACACGAACUGGGUUCCAAACCACAUGAACAACUUUGAAAAUUACCUCACUGAGGACUGUAUUGCACUGAUCCCGUACCAGCGGGGCCAGUGGGACGAUAUACCAUGUGGGAAACAAGACUCUUCCUAUGGAUUAGAAAUAGGGGAGAAGCAUUACACCUUCUGUGAAUACAAAAUUCAUGGACACAACGUGUUGGUCGGAUAAGAUACGGAUACCUCUGCUCUACAUGAAAUAUGAAAAUCUACGUUCACAACAUGCUCCUUUCUUUGUAUCAGUCAUUUCAUAAUAAACAUUUAGUUUAAUUUAUCGAAAAAGUGAUGUUUAUUUGUCGUCAUACACUUGACAAAUCGAAAUAAUAUUAACCAAUACAAGUCGAAUCAUUU